UCGUAAACCCUAGCGCCCCUUUUUACUGUAUCGAACAAAAACAUAGUUACUUGUUUUCCUCCUCUGUUUUCCCGAAGAGAAAAAAAUGACUGGAGAAGCAGUGAACCCCAAAGCAUACCCGCUUGCGGAUGCUCAGUUGACAACAACGAUUUUAGAUCUUGUUCAACAAGCUGCCAACUACAAGCAGCUCAAAAAGGGAGCUAAUGAAGGUUUGGAAACAAUACCCAUUUCCAUAUUUUUUUUCGUUUUUUGCAAUUAUUGUUAUCUUUUCCGGUAUGGGUUUUCUUUUUCACGAUUGUAUUUUUCUUCUCUUUUUAAUUGGGUUUGUUUGGGGUCCCUGAAUAGAGGUAUAUCCGAGUUCGUUGUGAUGGCUGCCGAUACCGAGCCCCUUGAGAUUCUGCUCCAUCUUCCUUUGCUUGCUGAAGAUAAGAAUGUGCCCUACGUUUUUGUUCCUUCAAAGCAAGCUCUUGGACGAGCAUGCGGGGUCACAAGACCUGUAAUUGCGUGUUCUGUCACAACGAACGAGGGAAGCCAAUUGAAGUCCCAAAUACAACAACUCAAGGAUGCUAUUGAGAAGUUCUUGAUCUAGAAUCUUAUGAAGCCUGGUUUUCGGCGUGAUGGGCCUCUUGGAUUGUGGUGGUCGGUCCUUUAGAGGCGCUGACUGGUGAAGUUGUGCCCCAUUAAUCUCACCUUGAACGUGAUUGUUGUCUUUUAUGUUUUGGUAUGAACUCAGGAAAAGGAUAAUCUUGAAUCUACACUUAGGGGAGCUGAGUAUGACUGAUGCUGUUACUUAAUGUUGCAUGUUUAAACUGAUUAAUCUUAAAAAAAAAAAAUUAACAGUUUUGGGCCAA